ACAUGACGACAUCCUUGUAACAGGGAACAGUAUGCAAGAAAUCAUGGCCCUUAAACAAUUCUUACUCAAGAAAUUUUUAAUCAAGGAUCUGGGAAAACUUGGUUAUUUUUUGGGUAUAGAAUUUUCUCAUUCUAAAAAGGGUAUUUUUAUGUCCCAGCGCAAAUAUGCGCUAGAUAUUUUGGAAGAUUCUGGUCACACAGGUUCACGGCCGGAGAGCUUCCCAAUGGAACAAAAUGUUAAAUUAACACUCACAGAUGGAGAAAAAUUACAUGAUCCAAUGAGGUACAGACGAUUGAUCGGUCGGUUGAUCUAUUUAACGGUAACGAGACCGGAUAUUGUUUAUUCUGUGCGCACAUUAUCUCAAUACAUGCAUGAACCGAGAAAACCACAUUGGGAAGCAGCUAUUCGGGUUUUAAAGUAUAUUAAAAGUACUCCGGGGCAAGGUUUGUUGUUGCCGCGCGAAAAUAAUUUGAAGUUGACAGCCUUUUGUGACUCAGAUUGGGCAGGUUGUCGUACAACGCGACGUUCCAUUUCAGGUUAUUGCAUAUUUUUGGGAAGUUCAUUAAUCUCAUGGAAGUCAAAGAAGCAGACUAAUGUUUCCAGGUCUUCGGCAGAAGCAGAAUACAGAUCCAUGGCAAAUACAUGUCUUGAGUUGACUUGGAUCCAUUAUUUGCUUCGUGAUCUAAGAGUAAGUCAGACGGGGCCGGCAUCUUUGUUUUGUGAUAAUCAAGCAGCAUUACAUAUAGCAGCGAAUCCUGUUUUUCAUGAACGAACAAAACACAUCGAGAUAGAUUGUCACAUUGUUAGAGAGAAGUUGCAGUCAGGGAUGAUCAAACCACAGUAUGUCCCUACACGAUUACAGCUAGCAGAUAUCUUCACAAAGGCUUUGGGUCGUGAACAAUUUCAGUUCUUGAGANAAUGA